AUGGUUGUUCGAACCAAUGUUUGUCUUGCACAGACAUUGAGGGAGGAGCACAUUCUAGCAUUUGCCGGUGCGACGGUCCAUGACUGCUUUAACUGGUUGUCCGUCUUGGUGCUUCUCCCUCUGGAAGCUCUGAGCGGUCUGUUGAGGAGGCUCUCGCAGGCUGUGGUGGACGCGCUCCAGCUCAGCGGUGGAGAAGAUGCUCCUGAACUUCUCAAAGUCCUCACGAAGCCGCUGACCGAACUGAUAGUCCAGCUGGAUCAGUCAGUCAUUACAGCCAUUGCUGCAGGAGACCAGAGUGCAAGAAACAAGAGUCUGGUUAAACGCUGGUGUCAAAUCUCAACUAUCAUGGUAUGUUUGCUUCAUAGCAGUAUUAUGUGUCGGCAUCUUUUCGCCGGCUGUUCUUUGUCAGACUUGGCCAUUGGUUUGAUCCUGUUAGCUUGCUCCCUGCUGGUCCUCUGUGGCUGCCUGAUACUGCUGGUGAAACUCCUCAACUCUUUGCUCAAGGGCCAGGUGGCAAAGGCUAGUAACAGUGUUGUUAACACAGACUUUCCCCACCCGUUCACUUGGCUUGCAGGAUAUCUGGCUGUGUUUGUUGGAGCGGGCAUGACCUUUCUGGUUCAGAGUAGUUCUGUGUUUACAUCCGCCAUCACCCCCCUCGUUGGGAUUGGUGUGAUCAGUAUUGAACGGGUUUAUCCGUUAACCCUUGGGUCCAACCUUGGAACCACUACCACCGCUCUGCUGGCGGCCCUGGCUAGUCCUGGAGACAAAUUAGCUGCUGCCACGCAGGUUGCUUUAUGUCACUUUUUCUUUAACCUCCUGGGGAUUCUGCUCUGGUAUCCCAUACCUGCAACCCGUUUACCCAUACGGAUGGCGUGCGCGCUUGGAAAACAGACUGCCAGGUAUGGUUUUAGUUUUAGCUUUGAAUGACAGCAAGUAGGAAUAAAGAUAAGAUAAAAGACAAAUGUCUGUGUAAGGCAAAUUAUUUGAUGUAAAAAAGGUUUUUGAUGCUCAAAAAAACUCCUCCUAACAGGUAUCGCUGGUUUGCUGUCCUGUACCUCCUCCUCUGUUUUCUGUUGUUCCCAUCUGUGGUGUUUGCUCUUUCCAUGGCCGGCUGGGAGGUAAUGACUGGCGUUGGUGUACCAGUCAUCAUAGUGAUAAUAUCUAUUGCCACCAUAAAUUUGCUCCAAGUACACAGACCUGAUUAUUUGCCACUAAGACUACAAAACUGGGACUUCCUUCCUGUUUGGAUGACCUCAUUGCAGCCCCUUGAUGACCUCAUUACCAAGGCAACGCUUCAGUGCAAAGGUAUUUCUUUUACAUCUUAAACCCUCAUUAACACAGUCUUAUUACUGAUUUUGGUUUGUUAGGUUGUCAAUUUAAGAAUGCUGAAAAUGGAGGAACAUCAUCAGUGACCCUGACUGUUCCGGCUGAAGGGAGAGAAGAAGGAAACAAAUCUCAUCGCUCAGUCGAGAAAGAGACUUUUACCAACAGGAACAUUCAGAUGUAUAACACUCGCUUUUAAUGCUGAUUUCUCUGUGAUGGAGAAGUCAUCAUGAGUCAAAACUUUUUGAAAUUCAACAGCUGUGAUGUGUUUAAAUCCUAGAAAAUGGUUGCUUUUAUUCAUAUCUAAAUAAAAAUUAACAAAAAAUUAGAUAGCUCUGUAAACUUGAAUGUAUUUUAUCUUUUAUACCAAAUUUUAAUUUGUUACCAAUUUUGUUAGAUAUUAAAAAGUAAAAAUAAAAUGUUUGAUAAAAAAACCCCACUAAGAUGUACAUUUGAACGUG